UGUCCGAAGCAUAUACAUCCGUCGGUGUUUAUAAAAGCCCAGCUUUGAUGGUUUUUCUAUUAACAUGUUUUGGGGUAUUGACAACUAAUAAGUGGGGUCCAUAGUGAAAUGGCAUUGAUUACGUGGCAUGUUUUAAUUGGUCAAAGGAGGGUGGCUCAGUGUUUGAGAAGAAGUGUUGGAUUUGAGGUUUCGUCUAUUGUCUUUAUCUUUAGGGUUUCCCAUUUUCAGUAUCAGGAUUCUAGAAGAAUGCUUUUAUGGAAUCGAGCAAUAAGAGACUUUGAUGCUGUAGCUGGUAGUGGCAAGAAAGGAGUGAUCGCGUCUAUUAGAGCUAUUUUAAAGUUAAGGCAGAAUCCAAAAAGUUCCUGCGGGUCAAAAGUUACUCGUGAUACUAAAGAGUUUUAUUUUGAAGAAUUCAAGGUAAAUUAAAUUCUAAUUUUGCAAAUAAUUUUUUUAUUGUGUUAUUAUUUAAUUAAUUUAAAUUAAUGUAUAGAAAAAGUACAAAUAGAAUCCCCACAUAGAUGGCGAGGUGCGCACCGCCUUUUUGUCAUCUAAUAUACUCUGCUAGAAAAGAGCAGAAAAAAUGGGAUUAUGAGGAGCAUGCUACUCCAUACAAACCAAAUUGGACAAAUUAAAUUCAUUAAUAUGAGAGGCUUGGAAUGGGUAUACUAAUACCCCAGAGUUUAAGAGAAAAAGCAACCGGGGCAAAUAAAUCGGCGCAAAGGGAAUCUUUCUGCAAAAUCACUUGGAACAUAUCGUUCUGGAUUUUUAUCUGUCGUAUGAGUAAUGGAAGUGAUGGUAAAAAUCUCUAAUAUUUUAUUUUUUUAAAAAUAUUUUAAGUCCAAUAUAUUAAUUAAAUAUGUUGUUGUUGUAGCCAAAAAAAAAUGAACGACCGAAUGCUUAUAAAAUUUUUUGUCGAACCAAGAGAAUGGUUGAUCAAGAAGGAAAUAGGGUUCUUGUCAAUCCCGAUGUCAAAAGACUCGAGGCUAUAUACAACAAAAUGGUGGAUGAACAGUUACGGGCUAGCAGUUAUGUAGUUGACGGAUCGUCCUAAUCCUCCUUCGUCGGUAAAUGGGAUGGGGUCCGCAUCUCAAAGAUACUACCCUGAUUUAGUGGAACCCCCUCUUCGACGGCUGACGAUUGAACUGCUCAUGAGCGUAUAAGACAGCGAUUUAUGUGUCAAGAGGAGCAAAUAGCUGAGAUUAUACGUCACAUCACUGCAGUGACAAAUUUUAGGAUAAGUGUUCAACAACAACAAUUGGAUAUGUUGCAACAACGUUUAGCCAACAUUGAACAUGAAAUGCGCGUUUAAAAGAUAUUCUCAGUUGAGGGCCUUUUAAUAGUGGAUCGGGGGGUCUAGUAGAGGUGUUC